AUGCUAGCAUUACCCAGCGAUGGCAGAGGAAAUGAUCAACAGGCGUUGGCAUUGAAGGAUAUUAUCCAUAUACUGUAUCAGUUAUCGGCUCAAGUAGAUAAAUUAGAGCAAGCCGUAGCGAACAAAGAAGCAAUGACACCGGAUGACAGCACGCAUUCCACGUUACAUGUCCAAUCUCCCAAUGUUUCCACCGCUUACUCCGAAUUGAUUAAACGAUUGGGCUUAUCCGAUAUAGACCAAGAGCAUAGCAAGGACCCGCUGGACGCCGCCUAUAUGCAUUGGUGCACUUUGAUGCGCUGUCUUCCGUUCAUGGACACUGAAUCACAAACGUAUGUGCGCACCGUGUCAACGUACGCCAUGCGUCAUCUGUUGCGCCAUAAGAAGAAGCCAUUGCCUGCUGAACCCGUCCACGAUAAUAUGAUCACCAAAGAACCGGUUCCUUCCAUCCAUUAUUCUUCGCAGUAUCUGGAUGAGGCAGCUCGUAAAAGGGCCGACGGCUGGGUCCCCACUCCCCAACAAUGCUAUGAGCCCAUGCUAUCAUACCCUGUGCCUUUCUCAAUGAUGCCUUCUUCCACGUCAUCGCCCUCGUUGCGUUCUGCGCGACCUAAGCUCCGCCAGUGGUUCAAGCGACAUCAUCGAGUAGCUCCAGAGAACGCAUCCGUAGCGCCAAAGGAUGUUACGUUAUCAUCGGAAGAAUGCGACCGAAAAUCGUCAGCGUGGCUUGGAAAAGAUCAAAAGUGGCGCGGCCGCGUAUGA